UACAACGUAUGCCAAAAACUCCUAAACUUCAAAAACAUCAUAGUAAAUCAUCAUCAUCAUCAUCAUCAAUGAUGACUAAUUCGAAUGAUGGUACGCAAACAUUAUUCGAAUUGGAUAAUGAAAAAUUCGGUAAUAUUAGUAUGGUAUUGGCAUCAUUAUUAGACCACUAUGAUCAUAAUCAACGACCAGGUUAUAGUGGUCCACCAGCUGUGAUAACAACAAAUCUUGAAAUACGUAGUAUGGGACCAAUAUCUGAAUUAGAUAUGGAAUAUUCACUUGAUUGUUAUUUUCGACAAAAAUGGCAAGAUGAACGAUUACGUUUUACCGGUAAUGUUGAUUUUCUUUCAUUAAAUAUUAAAAUGUUGGAUAAAAUUUGGAAGCCAGACACUUAUUUCCAUACUGGUAAAGCUUCACAUUUGCAUAUGAUCACAACUCCAAAUAAAUUCUUACGAAUAUUCAAAGAUGGUCUUGUCCUUUAUUCCAUGAGAUUGACUAUCAAAUCUCUUUGCCCGAUGGAUCUACAUAGUUUUCCUAUGGAUAAACAAAGCUGUCCAUUGAUUCUUGGAAGUUACGGAUUUCCGAGCGAUCAACUUGUUUAUAGUUGGGAUAAAAAACCAGUCACAUUUAAUCAGAAAGAUUUUACAUUAUCACAAUUUGAUAUAGUUAAAACUAUUUAUCGUAAUGGAACAUUUCUAUUUAAACGUGGUAAUCAUUCAAUGCUUCAAGUAAAUUUCAAUUUGCGACGUCAUGUUGGCUAUUUUCUCAUACAAAUCUAUGUACCAUGUUCAUUAAUUGUAGUAUUAUCAUGGGUUUCAUUCUGGAUCAAUCGUGAAGCUACAUCCGAUCGUGUUGGUCUAGGUGUAACAGCCGUUCUAACACUUUCAACAUUUGGUCUAGAUUCACGUAGUGAUUUGCCGCGUGUUAGCUAUGCAACAGCAUUAGAUUGGUACACUGUCAUGUGUUUCCUGUUUGUUGUAUUUACAUUAUUAGAAUUUGCUGGUGUACAUUAUUUUACUAAAGUUGGUACCGGUGAAGUACCCGUCAUCGAAAUCGAUGAUGAUUGGGUUAAAAGUUCGGAUGAUUCUGAUAACGAUGAUUAUGAUAAUGAUAAAAUUUUUGAUGAAAUCGUUGAUCAUGAUUCUGAUUUUAAUGAAAAAUUUCAACAGUCUUGUCGAAAACGGCAACGACAACGACGAAGACUACGACGUAAGUCGAUAAUUACAUCCGGACAAAAUUAUCGAUCUAGAUCCCGAAUAGUUCAACAACGCCGUGAUUGGGUUAAUAAUAAUAAACAACGCAUCGAUCGCACAUCAUCAUCAUUAAUAAAAGUUAACUAUUUGAAGCCUUACGGUCCAAUUCCAAAAUCCUAUCAGAUGGAUCACCAUUAUCCUUAUAAUAUGGAUCAUCAGAAUGAAUUGAAUCAGUUUCAAAAUUUUCCUCAUUCUUUGGAAAAUGUUACUGAACAAAUGGAAAGUAUUGGAUCGAUUGUUCAUAUGCCAAAUUGUCCAAGAUAUCAACAUCAACAGCAAAGUAAAACACAAGAGAAUAUUGAUUGGACCACAUCAUUUUGUUCACCGAUGGUCAAUAAUGAUGAUGAUUAUGAUGAUGACGGCGAUGAUGAUGCUCAUGAUGCUGAUGUUCAUGAUCAAACUUCUUCAUCAUUAAAACUAAAUUCAAGUUGGCCUACAUUAGGCUUGUAUAAUCAAAAUUUGCGGCCAAAUGAAUUAUUUGAAAAUUAUUCCACUGAAUUUCUCAACCAUCGAUAUGAUGAAAAAAUGAUGACAAUCAACAAUGAUAAGGAUCAAAACGAUGAAAAUGGUGAUGACAAUAAUGGUCAUUGCGAUAUCGAUUCAGAUAGUACUGAAUCUGAUUCUUUAAGUUUUUGGCUAUGGACACGAAUUAUUCAUCCAUUUUCACAAUGUUGUAUACAAUUCUGGUAUUGUUUUACGGCCAAUGAACAAUUCAAAAAAGAGAUGAUCAAACGACGUACAAAAAGUCAGGAAAUGUGCGCUGCAAAUAGUGUUUCAAUGAUCGACAAAGUUAGUCGAAUACUGUUUCCUUUCGUAUUCUUCAUGCUUAACAUGGCUUAUUGGACAUUCUACAUAAAUGAACGAAAUUCCGAUUUUAUCCAAUGGGAACAAUAAUGAUUAUUAAAAAAAAUUCUGUCCGAUCAAUACAUAUAAAACACACA